AUGUUUGAAGGUUAUAUCACUAAUUACGAGUUGUUGGAGAGUAUUAUGUUCGUGGAAAGCAACGGUUACGUCAAGUUUUAUGACCAGUGCCUCACUUAUUAUUCACACCAGAGUGUACUGUGCAUCCGUACUACUCUUGUCAUCCCUAUCCUAAUCAUGGCUCCUCGUCGUCGUCAAGUUGUUGAGAAAUGUCCUGUUUGCGGAAAGUUCAAGGGCAAAGGACCGUGCCGUAUCUGUGCUGCACGUCAGGGACAAGUUGUUGAUUCGGCAUUGUCGCAGUCGUUCACUCCUUCGGCUGCUUCUAUUCAGCCAACUAAUUGUCAGCAACAGUUUUCUCGCGCGGAAGCCGCUCCGAUUGGCGACGUAAUUUUCUGCAAUUACGUCAGUUAUACUUAG